AUGUCAAUGAUGGGAGAGCUUACAUACUUCCUCGGGCUUCAAAUCAAGCAGAAGGAGGAAGGUACAUUCAUCUCUCAAACUAAAUAUUGUAAAGAAAUCCUUAAAAAGUUUGAGAUGGACAAAUCUAAAGAAGCAUCUACUCCCAUGGGAACAUCAUGUUACUUGGACAAAGAUGAGUCAGGUAAAGAGGUAAAACAAACCAAAUACAGAGGUAUGAUUGGUUCUUUUUUAUAUCUUACUGCUAGUAGACCUGAUAUUUUGCAAAGUGUUUGUGUGUGUGCUAGGUAUCAAUUUAGUCCUAGGGAAUCUCAUCUUACUGCAGUUAAGCGUAUUUUAAAAUAUCUUAAGGGAACAAAAUCUUUUGGCUUAUGGUAUCCUUCAGGAGCUGAACCUAGUCUUAUAGGAUUUUCAGAUGCUGAUUAUGGAGAUUGUUCACAUGUUGUUUCUCUGACUCCUACAUAUAGACUAGAAGGAAAAGUGGCUUUGAUCACUGGUGGGGCAAGGGGCAUUGGUGAGUGCAUGGCAAGGCUGUUUUGCAAACAUGAGGCAAAGGAUGUUAAAAAUGCAGUGAACAUGGUUGUAUCCAAGUAUGGAAAGCUAGACAUAAUGGUGAACAAUGCUGCAACAAUAGAUGAUGCCAAACCCAUCAUUCUUGAAAACGAUGUGGCUGAAUUGGAACGUGUUGCGAGAGUGAAUCUGAUAGGUCCCUUCUUGGGAACAAAGCAUGCAGCCAGAGUGAUGAUCCCAGCGAGAAAGGGAAGCAUAAUAAGCAUAGGAAGUGUGAGUUCAAGUGUUGGAGGGAUUGCAACUCACACAUACACAAGCUCUAAACAUGGCAUUGUAGGACUGACAAAGAAUGCAGCUACUGAACUUGGAAAAUUUAGCAUCAGAGUAAAUUGUUUGUCACCCUACUUCAAUGGUAACGUAUCUGGAAUAGGGUUCUUCAAAAUUUUGAACUAA